UUCAUUAAUUCGAUCAAUCAUCAAUUGUUAUUGAUUGAAUAUCGUCAUUGAAAAAAAAUCAUGUCCGAUUAUACUUAUUUCCAGAAUGAAGACGAUGAUGAAAAUAAUAAUAAUGUUCAAGAUGUUGAAAACAAUGAACAAGAAAUGUUACAUUCGACUGCAACACAUGAUCAAUACAGUUUUGAUGAAAUUGAAUCGGUUCUUUUCAUCAGUUAUCAAGAUCAUAAAAUAGCUUUUGCUUUUUAUCAUAUUGGUUCAUCCAAGAUUGAAUUAUUUCAUGAAAUGUAUGAAUUUGAAGAUUUUUUGGUCACUCGUAAUGUAUUGGCAAAACUUCAGCCAUAUAAUGUGUUUGUUGGCACACAAUGUGAAUCAAAAUUAUUUUGGCUUCUAAAAAAAUUAUCAUCAAAUUUACGUGAAGAAAUAGUGACAGUAAUGAUAGAUGAUGAAAAUGAUACAAUUAAUUCUAAUGAGCAACAACAAGAAGAAGAAGAGUCUAUACAAUUAGAUACUACGGGCAAUGAAGACUAUGCCACAAAUUCAAUGAUCAAAAAUGAAGAUGAAGAAAAUUUGUCAUUCGCAUUAGAAGGUGAUACAACAUUGAAUCUACUGCAAAAUAGUUUUAAACUUCAUGUUGUAUCAUCGAAAUUAUUCAAUUAUGACCAAUGCAAAUCACGAAUUGUAUCGUUCGAUUAUAAGCCAAUUUCACAUCUAAGUGAUAAUACUAUUCGAUACAUUUAUCUUACAUCACAUGUUGAUUUUUCCGAAAAAAACAGCAUUCGUUCACUUGGUGUAUUGUUAUUUUUCAUUGAAAAACAUUCAUUGAAUCAAUCAUCAACAUUACCUCUUAACACUACUAAUAUCAAUAGCAUAACGGAUAUCGUUUAUUUCUUUCUCGAUUCAUUUGUAUCGAUUGAUCAAACAACAUAUGAAGCUUUAGAUAUUUUUAAAAAUGAAUGGCAUCCAUCACUGUCGAAAAAAGGAUUGACAAAAAAAGAAAGUUUCUCCCUAUAUGGUGUAUUCAAUUCAUGUGCCAGUAAAAUUGGCUCGAAUUAUUUGCGUAAAAUUUUUCUUCAACCAAUUACCAAUAUUGACAUUUUAGAAGAACGAUUGAAUAUUGUCGAUUUUUUCACUUGUCAAGAACAAACAUAUCUCAAAACAAUGAUAUAUGAUUUUCUUAAAAAUAUCAAACAUAUACCACCGAUAAUUAAUCGUUUUCGUUCAUCAAAUUUUCAAAUUUCCGAUUUUCGUAUAUUACAACAAAAUCUUAUCAGCGUUAUAUCGAUAAAAAAUCUUGUUACUAAUCGUUUAGCGAAUCUGGAGCAAAAACCAAAAAUUUGUGAAGAAAUAACUGAUCAUUAUAUAAUUGUUUUGAAUGAAAUUCUUGAAUGUAUAGAAAAAACAAUCGAUUUUGAUAAAUCCAAAAAUGAUGGAAAAGUUGCAAUCAAAACCGGUAUCGAUGAACAAUUGGAUAAGAAAAAAUUCUAUUUCAAUAAAUUACCGGAAAUUCUUCGCAAUGCUAUUGCUGAAGAUACAUUAAUCAAUGAUUUGAUCCAAACAUAUAAUAUAAACAUUACGCUUUAUUAUAUUCCACAAUUGGGAUUUCUACUAAAAUUAUUAUUGAUUGAAGCGCAGAAAAUUACCGAUAUCGAUAAAUAUGGAUUAAGAUUUUUGUUUUGUGCCGAAACUGCUGCUUAUUAUAAAAAUUCAAAUACAGAUCAAUAUGAUUCUUUAUUCGGUGAUAUUCAUGGUGAAAUCAAUGAUCUGACACAUCAGAAUCUUGUGAAGAUUAAAGAAUUCAUCAUUGAACGUAUAGAUAAGUUAUUGGUGGCCAACAAUUAUUGUGCAUUUCUUGAUGCAAUGAUAGCGAUAAGUCAAGCAGCAAUUGAUAUGAAUUUCAAUCGACCAAAACUUAAUUGUCAAGGCACAAUUAACAUCUGUGAAGGUCGACAUCCACUUUAUGAAUUAAUAACACGAUCAUUUGUACCAAAUGAUUACUAUAGUGACAAUCAAUCAUCAAAAACAAUGAUCAUUUUUGGUCAAAAUGGUAGUGGCAAAACUGUGUAUUUGAAACAGAUUUGUUUGAUAAUUUUUCUUGCACAUAUCGGUUCAUUUGUUCCCGCUAAAUCGGCUGAAAUUCAAGUGGUGGAUAAAAUUUUCACCCGAAUCCGUACGCCAGAAUCAAUUUCAACACAAUUAUCAUCAUUUAAACUUGAUCUUAAUCAAAUGAUUGCGGCAACUAAAUGUGCUAAACGUCGUUCAUUGGUUAUAAUCGAUUGUUUUGGCAAAGGUACACUACAUGUUGAUGGUUAUUCAUUGCUCAAAAGUUUUAUCGAUUAUUGGACCAAUAAUGACCAACAGCCAUAUCUUAUCAUUUCAACACAUUUUAAUAUGCUAUCAACAACAAUGAUUGAUCGAGAUAAAGCAGUCAUGGGCCAUUUCGAUAAAGAAUCACAAGAUUAUAAAUUAAAAUUAUGUGAAAAAAAUGCCAAUGAAAUAACGACCGUUCAUACAGCUCCGGAAUUGAUUGAUUUAUGCCAUAAAGUUUAUGAUGAACAAGAAAAAACGGAAUCAAUCACAGAAAUGAAAAAUAAAUUUCGAUCUUAUAUACAACUUGCUGAUAUGGUCAUAAAUAAUGAACCAAUCGAAUCGAUCAACUCAUUGGCUAAAGAUAUAAUUUCAAAAUAUCAUACAAAAUGUAAAUAAUCAUAUCAUCAUCAUCAUUCUU